CUUUUAUGCUCUUCUAACCAACAGACCCUUAGUUAGGAGUCUGAGUUUUUAACUUUUAAAGUCUUUUGUGUUAAUGUAAGUGUCAUGGUUUCCCGCCAAAUUCAAAACUUGAUCCAACGGUCAAAAACUACCUCCCAUCUUCUCCAAUUCCAGUCUCUGAUCUUCAAAACCGCUCUAGAUCACGACGCCGAAUUCAUCUCUCAGUUCGUCCUUUCGGGUUGCUCGGUUUCAGUCCAUUUUGCAAAAUUAGUAUUCGAUAGCUUGCCCAUUACUCCACCACUCUUUGCUUGGAAUACAAUUAUCAGAGCAUUUACCAAGAGCUCAACUCCAAUACAAUCAGUGAGGCUGUUCUCUCAGCUCCAAAGGGUUGGGAUUAAACCAGACAAUUUCACAUACCCUUUUGUUUUGAAAGCCUGCGGCCAGUGUUCGUUGGUCGGAGAAGGUGGGGCGAUGCAUUCGAUGAUUAUGAAGGCGGGUUUUGAUCUGGAUCGGUAUAUAGGGAAUACCCUUUUGAGAAUGUAUGCAGCUUGUGGUGCUGUCGGGCUUGCGAGGCGGGUGUUCGAUGAAAUGACUGUGAGAGAUGUGGUUUCUUGGAGUUCCAUGCUUGCAGGAUAUGUUGCUUGCAACUGUCCAUCAGAUGCCUUUAAGGUGUUCCAACAAAUGAAACUAGCAAAUGAAAGACCAAACUCAGUCACCUUGGUGAGCUUGCUUUCUGCUUGUACUCAUCUUCUUGAUAUCAACACAGGGGAGUCCAUUCAUUCCUACAUUAUCAUAAACCAUAUGGAAUUGGAUGUUGCUUUAGGGACAGCUCUCCUUGAAAUGUACACUAAGUGUGGAUAUAUUAACAAAGCUUUCCAAGUCUUCAAUUUGAUGGGUGAGAAGAAUUUGCAGUCGUGGACAAUCAUGAUAUCUGGUCUUGCAGAUCAUGGCCAUGGGGUAGAUGCUAUUUCAUUGUUUACUGAGAUGGAAAGAACUGGGCUGAAACCUGACAGUAUGUCAUUUGCUGGGAUCUUGUCAGCUUGUAGCCACUUAGGUAUUGUUGAAGAGGGUCAAAAGUAUUUUGAUCAGAUGGUAAGAAUUUAUGAUAUCAAGCCAACAAUGGAGCAUUAUGGAUGCAUGGUUGAUUUACUUGGAAGAGCUGGAUUGAUUAAUGAAGCUUAUGAGAUUAUCAAGAACAUGCCAAUGGAGCCUAACUCAGUAAUAAUAAGGAGCUUCCUGGGAGCAUGUAGGACCUAUGGCUGGAACCUUUGUUUAGAUGAUAACCUUAGGAAACUAUUACUUAAAUUAGAGCCUGAACUUGGAGCAAACUAUGUACUUGCAGCUAAUGUAUCUACUUUAUCUGGUUUCUGGAAUGAUGCAGCUGACCUGAGAGUAGCCAUGAAACAGAAGGGAUUGAAGAAGGCUCCUGGGUACAGUUGGUUGGAGUAAAUAGUGUUUGUACUAAGGUAAUCAUCAAAGAGGCUGUAUGGUAACUUUUGAUCUUGGCUAAUGAAGAGUCAUAAUCUAUCUGAAUUUCUGUAUUUUGCUGAGAAUUCAGGGAUGAAGAACAUAGUUUUGGAAAUUAAAGAGGCAUAGUGUAGACUGUAAGAGAGAUGAAUCACUAGUGAACUUAUCUUUUGUAACAAAGUACUUGAGCUUUCCAGGAUUUUUGUUCUUGUUGACAGCUGCACUAUUAGCAUGUGAAAUUAGAUUCCCAACAUGAAGUGCAAAGACUAUUUCCUUUGAACUUGGCGCAAUAUUAAGUCUUAGACUAAAAGGUAUAUAUGGAAUUGAGUUUUGGAGGCUAUUUGGGGAGCUUAACAGAAUGUCAAGGGCAUAUUUGGACAGCCAAUCUGCAUAAAUAUAUGCAAUUGCAGCUUGCAUGUUACUGUAAAAUGAAAUUUCAGCUUGCCUAUGAGUGUAAUUUUUCCGUUAUGUGUGAGAACUGAGACCUGACAAAUGUGCAAGAAAUAAAUGUUGAAUUUCUCAACAGUCACCUUUCCUGCAAGCAAUAACCAGAGAUUAGUUCUAAUUUGAGCAGCAUAACUUUCAUGUUAUGGACAUUUAAAGUUGUUGCACUAGAGAGAUUGGCUGAGUCAUCAUGAUGUAUAUAAAAUCAGGUAAAAUCCUAGAACACAAAGUUGCCAUUUUUGUUCGUUUUCUGCCACGAGCAAGUGAUGGUUUACAUGGAAUCACUAGAAGUGGAGCUUAUAGGCAUAGGUUGCACCUGGAAUAACACAUCUUAUGAGCUGUUAAUACCCAAAGGAAUUACUUUUACUUCAAGACAAUAUUUUUAAACUUGUGAAGCAUCUCAUUACGUGCUCACAUGAUAAUUUUCAAAGCAACUAUUGAAGCUUUCUAGGAGUAGCAUUUUCCUACGUCUUUGUUGUGCAUAUCAUAGAGUUGCCUUUUCUUAUUUAGGCAAAGUAAUUACCUGAUUCUUAUGAAAUUCCAGCAUUGCCCUUGCAAAUCAAUAAAAUAUAUGAUUGGUAACUGAUUGAACCAUAGAGAUGCUAGUGUUACUGUACAAAAUUCCAUGACUACAUGCCUUCAAAGGAAUGAGUUAAAACUAAGGUUAAAGGCUCAGUGAAUUGAUUCCCUUUGGUAAAAAGUCUGACAAAAGUUUCAAACUACAGAAUAAUUUAUCCUAGUGAAAUUAGAGUUUAUAAGUCCAUAGGUCCACCAGAUAAAUACAAAAGGACACCUCUAUUAUUGCUAUUAUUUUGUGGCCAUAUAUCCCUGCAUAUGUAUGUCUUUUGACAGCUUCAGAGUCCUGACCCUUUCAGUUUUUCACUCCCUAAGAAUCACUCACUAACCUUUUUUCCUCAUGACUUCAGCCCCAAGAUCAAGAGCAUCAAGUCUCAGCCUCUCAGAGAUGUGGCUCCUAAUGGCAGCCUUUAUAUUUAUCUGUGGGUUUUUGGGUUAUGUAAUUUAUGAUGCAAUUAUGGCCACAGCAUCUGAGCUAUUGCAACGUUUGCUGGUGAUUUCUCCUCUGUUGCUGGUCAUUGCUGUUCACUGGCUCUCUACAGGCAGCCAUUUUAACCUCCCAAUGCCAGGGUCUGAGCCAGGUGCCAUUCACCGAGCUGGGGGCUCACCUUGGGGUGUGGCCUUUGUACUCCUAUUGCUUUUAUUUCUCAUAUCCUACCAGCCUUCCUUGCAUGGCCUUAUCUUCUAAAGCAAAGCUCAAGUAUGUCAGUUCACAAAUGUGUGUGCUAUAUAGGUGUGUAAUGUAUCCUUCUCCAUAAUGUAAGUUAACUGUCAUUUCAUUUCUAUGGAAAAUGAAAUGAGGAGAAGGAUUAACUGCUGUUACUAUAUAUGCUAGUAAAAUGUAAUCUUGGUUAUGGUUUC